GCGCCGCGCCGAGGCAUGCAGGGGCCCUGGGCCGCGCCGCCGCCCGGGCCGGCUCGGCGGGGCCGGCAGUGAGCGGGCGGCGGGUCCCGCCGCCGCCAUGAAGAGCCCCCGGGAGGCCGGGGAGCCGCCGCCAGUUGACUGCAUCCAGCUGAAAGUGCCAGUCAUUCAGCAGUUGUACCACUGGGACUGUGGGCUAGCCUGCUCCAGGAUGGUGCUUCAGUACCUGGAUCAUUUGGACAAUGAUGAAUUUCAGAAAGCCAUCCAGGAACUCCAGUUAACAAAGAGUAUCUGGACUAUUGACCUGGCCUACCUAAUGCGGCACUUCGGUGUUAAGCAUAAAUUUUGCACCCAGACGCUUGGAGUGGACAAGGGCUACAAAAAUCAGUCGUUUUACAGGAAGCACUUUGACACAGAAGAGAAUCGAGUGAAUCAGCUCUUUGCACAAGCCAAAGCCUGCAAGGUGCUGGUGGAGAAGUGCACAGUAACUGUUCAAGACAUCCAAAACCACCUGUCCCAAGGUCAUGUAGCCAUUGUCCUAGUGAAUGCAGUCCUGCUAUUGUGUGAUCUUUGCUCAAGUCCUGUCAAAUACUGCUGCUUCCUCCCCAUUGGACAGAAGUGCUUCUGCAGGAAUCCCGACUACCAGGGCCAUUUCAUUGUGUUAUGUGGCUACAACAAAGCCUCAGGGAGUAUUUACUACAACAACCCUGCCUAUGCUGACCGAACGUGCUGCACCAGCAUCAGUAACUUUGAGGAAGCCAGGACAAGUUACGGCACUGAUGAAGAUAUUCUGUUCAUCUACACAGACAGCUGACAUUCACACCUGGUCCUUUCAUGUGCAGCCUGCAUGGCAGCUGGCUGCUUGUCUCAGGACUCCCCCUGCAGAGAACUUGCUCCUGUAUUGCAGCGGGAUCUUAAACAAGGGAGGCUUUAUAGACAUUGAUAGGACUAUACUGCAAUGCUGUCUUUACCUUUUUUUUUUUUUUCUUCAUGAUGAUGUAUCUGAUUUUGCAAUGUAUGUCUCACUUUUUUUUUUUUCUUCUCAUUUUCAACAUUGCACAUUUGACAGUAGUUUUAAAAUACAGGCGCAGGGCCUGUUCACUUUGAGCUUAUUUUCAAACUAAACACAUGAGAAAACAUAGCACCAAAUUUAUGAACUUUAACACUUGGUAGUACAUGCAUAGGUUUAGGUAAACAAAACCAGGGGAAAAAAGAAUAAAAAAUACCUGUUUCUCUCUCUGUCAAAACAUCAGGGGCUGAUCUUCACCCUAAUUCUAGGGAUUUGAGGUUCAGCAGGGUAUUAUGGAAGGAAAAAAUAUUAACUUAAACCGCUUUUAAAUAACAAAGACCUUGCUGGCUCAUCAAUGUUGUCUAUGUUGUAGAAAUGAAACACAUUUACUCAAGGGAACUUCCCAAAUUCACUUUACACAGAUUCAGCAUAUAUGCCACUGCAUUAGAUUUUGAAUCACAGUUAUUGGUACUGUUCCCUUGUACUACAAACUCAAUCUUGUUUGGCUAAAUCCUCUAGGAUUACUGCUCAGAGCUCUAUAUUGCCCUAAAAGUUUAAGUGAAGACAUUUGAUUUGUAUCUACAAGUCUUCAUUGCUCUUUGCAGAAACCUCUGAACAUUAUGCCACCCACAUGUGCCAGUUUCAGCAGAAUCCAUUCUAAACAUAAACUUUAAACUUAUUAAGCAAAUACAGAAAAUCAUCACCCAUGCUAGUGGGAUACAUUUUCUUUGUAAAUUGUAAAUACCUGACAGUACAUACUGUCUUGUAACUAAAAUGCCGAAUCAUAAUUUGAGCCAAAUUUUGCUGUUAAUUCAGUGACCUCCUAAGAAGAGCUGAAAUCAAUUAAGAAAAUAGGGGAUACAAACAUCUAUUUGCUACAAGUAAAAAGGCAGGAACUCAGAUUUUCUAGCAUGGAUACUACAUAUACUGUCUUCAGACAUUAUCAAGUGAAAUUGUUAGCAGCCCAUUCAUAACCUUUUCAUGUAUUACCUGGGUUUAAUUACUUUGCUGAGGAGCACUGUAAAGUGUAGGAAAUAGCCACCUAUGUCAGAUUCAUUCAUCACAAUUUCCUACAAGUCUUGAUCUCCAGUCCUGCCUCUGUUGAAGUGGGUAGAAGAAUCAAUGUUAACACUGAUGUAAAGCUAGCAAAAUUUUAUUUUGCACUUAAGACAGAGAUCCCACACUUUUGGCAUGGUUUUAGGAGGACUGUUCAAGUUCUGGAACUGCAGGGAAUAAUAGUAAAAGGAAAUUGUUAUUUAGUGGUGGAAAUAAUAAAUAGGAAUCUACUUUCACGAUGGUAAAAAAUUUUUCUAAGAGAAAACAUUUUCUUUUAUCAGUUGCUGACUUACUGGAAAAUACCUGAGAAGGGUUCAGUAGGUAUGCUUAGUAGAAUCAAGAGUGCUGCUUUGCACAAAGGCUAAAAAGACUAACAGACAUUUAAAAUGCAGUAGCCUUUAAAAAGUUCUGAACAAAAUGGAUGUGACAAGAAGUUUUCAGUGUAUCAGAUUUUGCCUAUCACUGGGUGAAGUUGGAAUACGUUCUGACACUUAUACUUGCAAAAUCAGUAUGUGAUUUUUGAGCAGUAGAACCAAUACAUGAGUGCCACCAGCAGAAUCCCAGAAAAAAGGUACAAACCGUAUUAUAGAUAAGGCCUUCUGACUCCUCCAAAGUCACCAGAAGGCUACUGAUCUAGGAAUUGUUAUGUCCAAGUCCAAAUUCACAAUGUUUGAUUUAGAGAGAUGGUACUAGCUAUGUUACUAAUUAACAGGUAUGUAAACUGCAGGUUGACGGAGUACUUUAACCCAUGCAUUUUCAGGUAGGUUGGUUGUUCAAUACCAUUAAACUGCCACAGGAUUUAUUUUAGAGCAGGCUUGGUUAGUUAAAUAAAAACAAUUCCUACAAAAGAGUUGUAAUUGGCAUUUAGACUCUUACUGGUUCAGUUAUCCAAAUGCAAACAACAAAGUUGUUUAAGCUAAUACAGACAAAAGGAGAGCUCCAACAUUGCAACAGGAUCUCUUAGAGCUGUCAAAUGGAAGAUAGUUAUGUGAGAUGAAAACACAGGAAGAAGAAGCAGACAAGUGAAAAAACCAAGUAUUUAUAUGACAUAAAAUCAGAUUAAAAAGCUCACUGUGCAAGCAUCCAGAACAUCUGCAUUUUCUGAAACUUUGUUUCCCAUUACAAUCUUGUCUAUCAAAACAUUCAUUCCGAAAAUGUUUGUCACUGUUUCCUUCAUAAUGUCAAUAGCAAAGGAAGGGAUAUUUUACUUGCAGGGAUUUUAUACAUAAAUAUAUUUUUAUUUGUAAUUAAGCCAUUCUCAAUAAAGGUUUAAAGUCAUAGAUAACCCUGUAA